AUGGGAGUGUGUGAAGCAGGGAACCAGUUACAGCAUUGUAUCACAGAAUGCGGCAAUUCGUCAGAUAGCCUUGAUAAGAAGGCACAUCUCACAGGUGGGGGCUUAAGUGGACAAGGUCAAAAUCCACUUCUCCUGACACCGGCCAGUCUCCAGCUAGCCCAGCUUCAGGCCCAGCUUACAUUACAGAGACUCAAGCUCGCUCAGAGCGCCGUGGGCAACAACACGGCCGCUGCGGCCACUGUUCUCAAUCAGGUCCUCUCCAAUGUGGCUAUGUCCCAGCCACUGUUCAACCCGCUCAGGAACCCUGCUCAGACUCCUAAUCCAGGAUUCCCAACGGGGGCAAUACCUUUUCCCCCUCCGAAUUCUGCCCUGGGAACACUUGUAGGGGGUGGUUUCCCCCCUAACCCGAGUGCCAUCAGACUCAAUCACUGCGGCGGCAGUACCAGUCAGACUACCACUCAACACGCUGGGGAUUAUGGGAAAAAAGCUGGCGCGUUUCUGGCGGACACUGACCGUCGCUCUCAGUUUGGUUACCUUGGAGGGGUGUCUGUAACGUCCACUAAAGUGGGCGAUGGGCAGUAUGGAGGGGUCAGCACUGAGACAAAAAGUGGAGUUCAGUCAGGCUUUCAGAAGGAUUACUACACUCCUGAGGCCCAGCAGACUGGGUUUGGUGGUAACAGCGGAGGUGUUGGAAGUGGUGACCAGACCCUAGAUGGUUUUCCUGCCUCUGGCCACAAAGAGCCAUGGAAAAAUCUGGUCAACUUCCCCCACGCAGGAAAAAUGGACAUGACCUCCGGGACAGGGGGCAAUGCCUGGGUGGGCGUUUCAGGGCAGCCGUUUCGACCAAGGGGAGAGCUCUACAACCCCGAGGAGCCCACCCUGGACUCCAAAUUCACCCCAAUGGGAGGUCCUGGGUUUUCCUCAGCUCCGCAAGGCUUCGCAGGGUACCCUCAGCUUCAGACCGCAGGUGAGGAGACACCUCUGACUGCAGCUCCGACACCUCUGCAGCCCCACCAGCUCAACGACUUUCAUGGGGUGACACCAUCACACCUACCCCAUCACUGCACCAUCUGCGAGAAGAAGGUUUAUAACCUCAAGGACUGGGACCAGCACGUGAAGGGAAAACUACAUCUGCAGAAUUGUACUCUAUAUACCGAGAGUCCUGCAACUGGAGCAGUUCAUUUCCCAGUGCCCACUGAGGGAUGUCUAAACCAGACGUUGAAUAACGCUAUGCACUACCCGUCCUCCGUCGGUCAAGAUGUUUCAGCAGGACCCAAUGCCUCAUAUUUACCAGCUACCGCUAUGAAGUCGUUUCCCCUUUCAGGGGCGGGGUUUACCUCCCAGCCAGGGUCAAAGUUCUCUCCAAGGAAGGUGUGCCCUGGGCGUGUGGUCCACAUCUGCAACCUGCCUGAGGGCAGCUGCACAGAGAAUGACGUCAUCAACCUGGGCCUUCCCUUCGGCAAAGUCACCAAUUACAUUCUCAUGAGGUCUACUCACCAGGCUUUCUUGGAGAUGGCCUACGUCGAGGCAGCUCAUGCUAUGGUGAAGUAUUACCAGCUCCAGCCAGCCACGAUAAACGAUCAGAAACUCCUGAUCCGAAUGUCCAAACGGUACAAGGAACUCCAGCUGAAGAAACCAGGUAAAGAUGUGGCGUCAAUCAUUCAAGAUAUUAACUCUCAAAGGGAGAGGGAUGAGAUGCAGGAAAUUGACAGGUACCUUCCAGAGCGAGCACGCUCCCGCAGUCCGAUCAGCCGAUCCCUGAGUCCCCGAUCGCACAGCCCCAGUUUCACCUCCUGCAGUUCUGCGCACAGCCCACAGGGUGCUCCCUGUAACCGUCCAGACUGGAGCAACGGCAUGGGCUCCUCCCGUGUCUCCUGGGACUGGAGCUCCCACCCGCGGCGAGACGAGGAGCGGGAUCGAGACCGAGAGGAGUUGGGCUGGAGGAACGGCGAGGAGGACAGGCUUAACGGCAGGCUUCCCUUACCGGACCGGAGGAAAACCUACCUCAAGCCGGGAGACAGAGUCAGCCCGCGCUCCGGAAUGCCGGAGGAGAGGGGCGUCCGGGACUGGUACCCCCGUAGCAGCCCCCAGGGACCCCCGUUUUCGUCAUAUCGAUCCAUGGAAGAUUUCUACAAGAAAGAGCCACCGUAUAAAGCCGAGAAACCGCCCAGGCCACCGUACCAGAGACACGAGAUGAAGUCGAAGAGGAGGGAGGGGCCAGACUACCACAGGUCCAGGCACUCUGAGUCCGACCUGUCUGAGGACCUGGGCAGGAGCAAAAAGACCAGCAGGAAAGCAGCGACGGAGAAAGAAGAGGAGAGAGAACAAGAAGACAAUAGAGAAACCUCCUCGCGUGUAAGUAAAGAGAGAUCAGAGUCACCUCAAAGCGGGAAACACACAGAGCCGGAGAAAGAUAAAGAGAGUGAGGCGGAGGAGUGGGAGAGCGGUGAUGACACAGAAGGGGAGUUCUGGUAUCCGAAGAACAUGGAGGAGCUGGUGACCGUAGACGAGGUUGGUGAGGAGGACGAUUCCAUCAUCGAGCCCGACCUUCCCGAACUUCAGGAGGAGGCGGCUGUUGAGCACCAGGCCGAGGGCCCCACCCAGCACGCCAGCAGCCCCAAACCCAGCACAGAGCAAGCUGAGCUUGGGGAACAGAUCCAGGAGAACAGGGUAGCGGGCGAACAGGCCCAAGAGGAAUCGUCCGCCCAGCCCAGCCCUGGAGGGCUUUCAGUGGACACCAGUUCCACGGUACAGUCGGUCUCGGAGCUCAGUCAUUUCCCUGGCCAGGAGUUCAAGGCCGCUCUAGAGGAGACGUGCUCCUCCAACCCGGACUCAAAGACACCCAACGCCGCACCGACGCAAGAGCCUGUUUCUGGUCACGAGUGUGUGUGUGAGGGCGCACAGGAUGCGCAGAAAACCAGCGACACAGAAAAGUCGGCGGCUGCAGACGGCAGAGCAGACGCGAGUGUCCACAAUUCCCUGUCGGGUCACUCCCCCAGUCAGAUACACAUAGAGGCUGCUUCUCCAUCUCAGGGACAGGAGAGAGUGAUCAGUGAACACACCAUCCCAUUAGGAGUGGAGUUCAUUGUGCCAAGAACUGGCUUCUACUGUAAACUUUGUGGACUUUUCUACACCAGUGAGGAAACAGCCAAGACUACACACUGUAGAAGUGCCGUCCAUUACAGAAACCUUCAGAAGUAUCUGUCUCAGCUUGCCCAGGAGAGCUUCCUCAACUUCCACACAGACCCCACAGCUGCUGAGUGA